CGGAAGGCCGCGUUUGCGUCAUCCAGCGCCGACCGCCGAGUGGCGCAUGCGCAGAGCCGGGCAGAGUCCAGUGUGAUGUCACCGGCGGCGACUGGGAGAAGCCGUGCACUGGGCGGGUCGAUGCCGACACCAUGAGCAACAGCCACCAGCUGCGGCCGUACACCUCGGUUGGGGAGAUCGAUCACGUGCACAUCCUCUCGGAGCACGUGGGCGCCCUGAUUCACGGCGAGGAGUACAGCGAUGUCACCUUCCUGGUGGAGAAGAAGCGCUUUGCUGCCCAUCGUGUGAUCCUGGCCGCCCGCUGCCAGUACUUCAGGGCAUUAUUAUAUGGUGGAAUGCGGGAGGCACAUUCCCAAGCCGAAAUCCCAUUGCCGGAUACACCGGCAGAGGCCUUUACAAUGCUUCUGAAAUACAUCUACACUGGCCAGGUCACACUGAGUCACGAGAAAGAAGAAGUGUUGUUGGACUUCCUCAGCCUGGCCCACAAGUACGGAUUCCCAGAGCUGGAGGCGGCGACGUCCGAGUAUCUCUGCACCAUUCUCAGCAUCAAUAAUGUCUGCAUGGUUUAUGACGUGGCUAAUCUUUAUUCACUCAGCAAACUUUCCAAUACUUGCUGCUUAUACAUGGACAGAAAUGCAAAGGCCAUUCUUUGCAGUGAAGGCUUCCUGUCCCUUUCAAAGACGGCUCUGCUCAAAGUCGUGGCCCGAGAUUCCUUUGCUGCUCCGGAGAAGGAUAUUUUCCUGGCUCUAAUGAACUGGUGUAAACAGAAUCCAGAGGAGAUACAUGCAGAGAUCAUGAAGGUGGUGCGACUCCCGCUGAUGAGUUUGACAGAGUUGCUCAACGUUGUGCGGCCCUCAGCACUCCUCUCCGCCGACACCAUCCUAGACGCUAUCAAAAUCCGAUCGGAGAGUCGCGAUAUGGAGCUGAACUACCGGGGCAUCCUCAUCCCAGACGAGAACAUUGCAUCGAUGAAGCACGGGGCGCAGGUGAUUGGGGGAGAACUGAAGGCUGCUCUGCUGGACGGCGACACUCAGAAUUACGAUUUGGACCACGGCUUCUCUCGGCAUCCUAUCGAUGAGGACUGCCGGUCGGGCAUCGAGGUGAAACUGGGCCAGGCCACAAUCCUCAACCACAUUCGUAUGCUGCUCUGGGACAGGGAUAGCAGGUCUUACUCAUACUACAUCGAAGUGUCCAUGGAUGAGCUGGAUUGGAUUCGUAUCAUUGAUCAUUCCAAAUACCUGUGUCGUUCCUGGCAGAACCUGUUCUUCACCCCUCGUGUCUGCCGAUAUAUUCGCAUUGUUGGGACUCACAAUACGGUGAACAAGGUUUUCCACCUGGUCUCCUUUGAGUGCAUGUACAGCAACAAGCCCUUCUCACUGGACGCAGGAUUGCUGGUUCCCACAGAGAACGUGGCAACUGUGAGUGCCAGUGCCACGGUGAUAGAAGGGGUGAGCCGCAGUCGGAAUGCUCUCCUGAACGGUGACACCAAGAACUACGACUGGGAUUCGGGCUACACUUGUCAUCAGCUGGGGAGUGGAGCCAUCGUGAUCCAGCUGGCACAGCCCUUUGUCAUCGGCUCCAUGAGGUUGCUUCUCUGGGACUGUGACGACCGCAGCUACAGUUUCUACAUCGAAGUCUCCAACAAUCAGCAGCAGUGGGCGAUGGUUGCCGAUCACACUAAAGUAACUUGCAAGUCCUGGCAGACGAUUUACAUCAAGCAGCAGCCGGUGGUCUUCAUCAGGAUUGUGGGCACGUACAACACAGCCAACGAGAUGCUGCCUGACCCGCUGACUUCUUCCAGCGGUUUGCGUUUUGCUCAAUGUGAGGUGGUGCAUUUUGGGAGCGCCAAUGAGGCUGGGACACACACCGUGAAUGGUGGUGUCUCAGGGAGGACUGAGCAACAGAGAAACCAUGGGGUCUUUCACUGCGUACACUUUGAGUGCCCAGCACAGAACCACAUCCGUCCACAGAGCGAGGAUUCACCGGGAGACAGGACGGAGCCCGGCCAGGCCUCGGCAGCAGCUCGGACAGACAGCAGCCGCUGAGCUGCCACGCUGCCUGGUGGUCCCAUCACCGUCACCGGACCCUUCCAGGGGAGGCCCGGCCCUCCCUCCGUCAGCCCAACCCAGCGCCGAGGAAGUGGGGCCAUGCCGAUCUACACCACUGUGUGCCGUCCGACUGUGCUAACCACAGCCGGGGAGAGAGGGCCUCAUCUGUGCUACAACACUCUGCUGAUCAGCGGCUGGCUCUGUAAGCCCACCUCCGGCCUGGGGCGGGCAACACGGCCCAGGGGAGGCCAGACACUGAGGCGGCCUGGUGUCACUGGCAGCCACUCGAUUGCCAGCCUCUUCCAGCACAUCAUCCCACUGUUCCCCUCCUCCUCUUCCUCCUCCUCCUCCUCCUCCUCCUCCUCCUCCUCCUCCUCCUCCUCCUGCCACCCCUCAGUCACUCACUCAUUCCCACCGGCCAGGGACGUAGGUGAAGGCACUCCGUUUGUCCCGAUUGAAGCCCGGGUGAAUAUCAAUCACCUCCUGUUCCUUCCUCUAACCUGCUAAUGUUCAUUCUUCACACAGUGUGAGCGUGGAUCGUCCCCAGGGCUGCUUUGCAUGAGAAGUAACUUGGCAUGUACUGAACUGAGCUGUAAACUAUUUAUGUUCUGUAACAAACCAUGAAAGUCUUUCCAUUUAA